AAUACUACAUUUAAGACCAAAUGAAUGUUCCCCAAUCCCAUCACUUCCUCUGCAAUUCUCUCCGAUUUCACUGACCCUCGCAUUUUUACACACAAGGAAAACACAAUUUUCACCCUACGCUGUCAGUACGGGCACCACCUUCUUCUCCCGCCACUGCCACCUCUCACCCUCUCCCUCUCUCUCUCUCUCUUUAGGGCUCACUCGUCCUUGCAUCCCCUCACACAACACACACACACACACACACAAACGCAGGCUUACGAUGCCGCAAAAGUCACUCAAGAAAGGCGAAAAAAUCGAGGUGAGGAAGCAAAUUGGCGACGUUGUAUGGUACCCCUCCACCUUCCUCCGCUCCUCCCUCAACCAAACUUACGUACAAUUUGACACCUUAAGCGAGAUGGAGGGCUCAAUGUCACCAUUGAGGAGGGAGUACGUCAGUCCCGUUGACGUCAGGCCGGCACCACCGCUGGAGCUGCACAGGUACUUUAAGGUUGGGGAGAUUGUGGAGGGUUUUUGUAGAGAGAAGAAGGGGUGGAGAAAGGCCACAGUUGCGGCGAUAUUAGAGAAGUCGAGGUAUGCUGUGUCGUUUGAGGGUGAGGGGCAAAAGGGUUCUCUUGCUGAAAUGGAGCAGUGGGAGUUGAGAGCGGUUAGGGAGUGGGCUGAUGGUUCGUGGUCCCCCCCUUUUCGACUGGAAGAAGUGCUUCAGAACAAGUCAUCUGAAUCAGAGGUGAAAUCAAGGGGGUUGAUACUUAGAAUAAAGUGCAGUGGAAAAGCAUCUGGGAUGCAAUUCAAUGAGGGGAUGUUGGUGGAGGUAAAAAGUGAUGAGGAAGGUUUUCAGGGUUCUUGGUUUACUGCAGUUAUUGUUAAACCACUGGCAAAUGACAAGUUCUUGGUGGAGUACCGAACAUUGAGAACGGAGAACAAGACUGAACUUCUCAAAGAAGAAGUAGAUAUUUCAUGCAUCAAACAUUGUCCUCCUUCUAUUCAACGGGUUAAACCUUUUGACUAUCUCGAACGUGUUGAUGCUUGGUAUAAUGAUGGUUGGUGGGAAGGUCACAUUGUCCAAGUUUCCAAUGGUUGUAAGUACAUGGUUCAAUUUACAAACACGGAUGAAAAGAUGGUUUUUGAACAUUGUAAGUUGAGGCCUCAUCAAGAAUGGACUGAUGGUAAAUGGGUUGUGGUCCCUAAGGUAAAUUUAGCUGAUGUGAGCUUGAAGUCCAAUAAAGUGAAAUUGAAAAGGAAACAUAGUGGGAAGGCAUCAGAGCCAACAUUCAGAGAUGGAAUGAUGGUGGAGGUCAAAAGUGAUGAAGAGGGUUACCAGGGUUCUUGGUAUACUGCUGUAAUAGUGUGCUCCUUAUGCCGUGACAAGUAUUUGGUUGAGUACCAGACACUUAAAACAGAUGAUGAGUCGGAUCUGCUUCGAGAAAAGGCAUUUGCUUCAUAUAUUAGGCCUUGUCCCCCUAAAAUUGUACGGGUUGACCGUUUCAAAAUGCUUGAGGAAGUUGAUGCAUGGUAUAAUGAUGGAUGGUGGGUUGGCCUUGUUUCCAAAGUUCUUGAUGGUCUAAAAUAUGCAGUAUAUUUCUGGACUACAAAUGAGGAACUUAUACUCAAACAUUUUAAUCUAAGGCCUCAUCAAGAAUGGAUUGGUGGCAAAUGGAUUGUUGCAUUCAGGAGAAAGUCGAAGUUGGUAGUGAAGAACAAGCUAGGGAAGUAUAAAGGAGAGAAUGACGGACUGGGAUUGGAUCCAAAUUUGAUAAAUGGAAUGAAGGUAGAGGUAAAAAGUGAUGAACAAGGCUACAGGGGUUCUUGGUACCCAGCUGCUAUUGCGAAAUCAAUAGGAAGCAGCAAGUAUUUGGUAGAAUACCAGACUCUGAAAACUGAUGAUGGUACCCAACUGCACAAAGAAGAAGCUGAUGCUCUAUGCAUAAGGCCAUGCCCUCCUGUAGUUCAAAGAAAAGAUCGGUUUAAGCAUUUUGAAGAAGUUGAUGCUUGGUACAACGACGGGUGGUGGGUUGGUCAGAUCUGCAAAGUCCUCAAGGGCAGAAAGUACUUAGUUUAUUUCAAUUCUACAACUGAGACAUUGGAAUUUCAGCAUUCUGAAUUGAGGCCUCAUCAAGAUUGGAUUCGUGGGCAGUGGGUUUCUCGCUAAAAGGCUAUGUCUUUCGGAUGUAGCCAUUGUCAUAAAUUUAUCAUAAUCUGAAGUUAUCAUGUAUAAUCGUAAGAGCAUAUUGACCACACAAAACCCCUGAACCAAUCACGGGCCCAUGUUUUUGGAUUAUUGCUGCUUUUAAUUUGAGAAUGAAAUUCCCACAUAAUGUUGAUUCUACAAAGAAAGUCAGUCAUCUGUCAGCUUCCGGAAAGGGUUUAUGCAUGAAUUUCUGUAUCUAAUAUUAUCCAUCUAUACUUUCUUAUGAUCUGUUUUUACUGUGUUUAUAGCAAUUUCA